AUGUUUGUUAACUGGGCGCACUAUUUGGUGCCAAAAAUCUCAUUUUUCCUAUCUUUUGUCUUGAAUCAGGUUUUUGUAUGCCUUAUUCACAGUAAUAAAAAUGUGCUAUUUGGAAACUACAGAUAUCUUUUGUAUUUUUUCGCAGUUUUCAAUUUGUGCGCGUCGGCAGCGGAUCUACUUAUUCCAGUGACGGUUUUCUGUUAUCGCUAUGCAUUUGUCACACUAGUAGUCGAUGGACCAUUUGCUUUGAGCUCAGAGCCGGCAGAAGCGUUCAUCGCAUUCCGUGCAUCAUUUCUUUCGGGAACCUAUGGUAUUCUGAACGUUCAUUUUAUUUUUCGAUAUCUUGCUCUUAAAAGCAACAAUAUUAUCAAGUUUUACUUCAUGCCAUAUGGUCUAUUAUUGUCAGUGAUUUAUGUGUUAUUUCACAUGUCUGUUUGGGCGAUGAUAGACUAUUUCUGUUUGCACUCGGCUUCGGAGAUGCGGGAUUACAUUCGGAUUCCGUUUAGAAAUCUCCAUAAUGAGAGCAUAGACAAUAUUAAUUUGGUCGCUGGAUUGUUUUCGGAAGCAUCGCCAGAGAUUGUGCAACGAUCAUGGGCUGGGAUCGUGUUGUUGACUGUAAUAGCGAGCUACUCGAUGGUACUGUAUUUUGUCUUGGGAUAUAAGAUCAUAACUGGCCUGAACAUAGAGUCAGUGACAAUGAGCCACCAAACUACUCAAAUGCAAAAACAACUUUUCAAGGCGCUGACCAUUCAGACAAUAAUUCCCAUUUGCGUCAGCUUCAUGCCUUGCUCUUUUAGUUUCUAUGGAGCUGCUUUGAAUAUCGGAUUUAUGAACUGGGUGUACUGGCUAUCUGCUGUCGCCGUAUCAAUGUUUCCAUUUUUGGACCCAUUGGCAAUAAUUCUCCUGCUCCCCGCUUUACGUCGACGCCUGCCAAAUCCUAUUCGAAAAUAUCGUGGAAAUUCAGUUUCGGUGGUUCCGAAUCAGAUCUCCGAGGCUUCGUUUGGAAGGGUGCAGUAG